GUCGGCACCACACACAUAUACAUGCACACAGGCCACACCCGGUGAUCAAUGACCCCCAACUGCCACUGUCUGUCUGCCUUCCAACGCACGCACGCACGUCAGACAGGCCCUCACUCACUCAUGUGAAGUAUGUCUUAUGGGCAAUGCCAUGAUGUGGUCUUUCGGUCCACAGUAAACGAAUGACAGGCAGAUAUAUGUGCAGGAAUCCAUCCAUCCAUCCACAGCACGUCAGAUGCAUGCAGCAACCAGCUAGGCAGACAACCGCUGUCACCAGGCUUCCUCGUCCUCUUCCUCAUCCAAGUCCACCGCCGCGCUCCCCUGCUGAUGCCGCUGCUGCUGCUGCCGCUGCUGCUUCUCGUCGUCUCCCCAUCCAUUCCAGUCGCCCCACGGUGGCCUCCAUGCACCUGGCCUCCAUCCACCGCUCUCCUGCUUGCCGUCCUCCCCAUCGAUGGCGAUGUCCUGGUCGGUGGUGUCGUCCUGGUCGGCGUCAGAGUGGUAGGAUGGAGGCGGGGUGAAGGAGACGGUCACCAUCGACGGCUGUGACGGGUCGGCGAAGCGGAAGUGGUGGUCGUCGGCGAGGACUUGGAAGAGCGUCUGCUGGUCGUUCAGACACAGGCGACGGAGCUACACACACACACACACACACACACAAGGCCCCACAGGCAGGCAGGCAGACAGGCAUCGAUUUAUCCGAGCUGCGUGUCUGCCCAGUCUCUCACUCACUGACUUCUUUGGCGCUCUCCGUGUCUUCCCCCCACACCUUGAUGAGGUCGAGGGUCUGGUCGGGGAUAGACUCGGCCUCGAGCUCCUCUUCGGUUGGCAAAAAGGGGCUCCACUCGACCAGCUUGCUAGGGGGCCUGACACACACCGGACACCACCGAGCCACAGUGUGUGUGUGUGUGUGUGUGUUGGUAUGGUGGUUACUCUGCAAUGUACUGGACAAGACUGACAAUCCGAGACUGGCGAACGAGGACACAGAGAAGCGGACAGUGACGCUCGUGAUAAGGGUGCGUGAAUGGAUGGCUCCCUUCUCUCUCUCUCUCUCUCUGCCUGUGGGUGGCUCGCUCACUGUUCGGUCGUAGCCCUCGUCCCUCACGCUCGGCCACCAGAAGGAGUCAAAGUGCUUCCAUUCCCCGCCCUCGCCCCCUGCACCAGUGGCUGUAGCACCGCCAUCCUUCCUCCGAAACACGGCACACUGCGAGCAGCACCCAUACGCCUGGAACAUCGCCCACGCGGCGUCAUCUGGCGCACACUCGCUCGUGUACGGCACGUCCAGCACUCUUGUCGUUGGUGCGGCUGUGGCUGAGGCGCCAGUGUGGCUGUCGGGCGACAGCAGCCUGACGAUGCCGAACGGCUUGCCGUGUCGCGCCUCGCUGAGCGUGGUCGGGCUGGUGUAGAUGAAGGGUGGUGUGUUGGUGUUGGAGGGAGGCAGGAUAGAGGGCGGCGUCGGGUGUGCCGGUGGUUGUCCGACGCCGACAAAGAAGACGUCAUACUUGGGGUAGCUCUUGCAGACGGACAGGCACCACUCCUUUCGUCACACACGGCGCACACAGACACACACAGACCAGCAUUGGCGAAGGGCAAUUUUCUUGCGCUGGCGUGUGUGUCUGUGCGUCUUGUCACCUGGAACUCCUGGCGCGUCCACUCGAACUUGUGAUCAGAGUCGCGAAUGAAACUGCAGACAACACACAUGGACACACACACAUUGACACACAUAUGGACACGCAAUUGCACCAUUUGUUCGUUCCCCACUGUGUGUGUGUGUGUGAUGUUUGCCAUUACGUUGGUGUGUCGGAGAAGAGGGGAUUGAAGUCCUUGUUAGGUGUGGUGACGAGACACAUGGCCGGGCAGAGGUCGCCAAAGACGCUCUUCGCGAGGGCCGGCAGGUCAGCAGGCUGCAAGUGCUCAAUCCUGGCGAGUAGCGUCACACACAUGAGAUAUGGAGAGAGGGAUUUGUGUGCCGUGCAUGUGGGUGUGGGUGUGGGUGCGUACACUUCGAUGAGCGUCACUGCGUCGGGCCAGCCCUUGUACUCCUGUGACGAACACGAUGAAUGUGUUGUUGGUAUGGUUCGGGGUGUCUAUGCUGGGGCUCACCAUCGGCACACGCAGAAUAUCCCCUGCAUCCAUCCAUCCGAAGACAGCACAGGCAUCCACCCACCACCCCACUCACUCAGCCACCCAGCAGCCCUCUCUCUCGUAUCAUUCUCACCUGUGAGCAGCCGCAGCUUGAGUUGGAAGUCCCGCCGCCACGCCGCACACAAGUGCCGACCGAAGGGGGUCACACACCACUGGCAGACACGCACGCACCCCACACCCCACGAUGAAUGCAGCCAACGAUAUCCAACUCACAUCCACGCCUCCUUCUCUGCAUGUGCGUGGCGUCUAUGCCAUCUUCACUCCCUCACUCUGUCGCUGUCGAACAGGGCAUCCUCGUCGAUAUCGACGCCAACCUGCCACAAACCACCACAUACCACAGCACGGCAGCUGACGUCAGUAAGGAAGGAAGGGCGCGGAUGCAUGGAUCUGGUAUGGUCUGGUCUGGUCGGUUGACCUCACCACUUCUACAGUAUCGGUGUCGAGGGCGUUGUAAAGGCCGAUACGGCCAAGAAGCUUCCCCUCUCCACAGCCCAAAUCAACAACCUGACACCAACCACACCACACCACACCACGCCAUACCCAUCCUUGCAUCCAUGGAUCCAUCCCAUUCGGCCCUCCAGGCACCUUGUGAGCUCCACACGCCUCCAGAAGGUCGAUGGCCAGCCGCAUUCGCUGCAACCACACCGGGCUGCCGAAUUUCACCCCUCCGCCGCCCUUGGACGGGCUCCCGCUGCCCUCCUCGAGAGCCCGCUCGCCGAUGCCCUUGUCGAUGCCGGCCUUGUCAGCGAUCGGGUCAGACUUGCGAAUGCCAGUGGGCCCGGUAGACGUCGAAACGCGGUUCAUCUUGUCGGAUGUUCUACUACCUAUGCCAGACCAUUCAACGACAAGAUGCGCGGGAAGAUGAUGUGUACGCAGGAGCCGCAGAUGCAGGUCUACCUGGAGCUCAACGACCCGCUGUCCUCGUGCGUGGCUCAACGCACCCGAAGCUGGAGAUCUAUCUGCAGAUCUGGACCUCUAUAGAGAGGGCAGGUCCCAGCAGGAAACGGCAGACGACAUUCGGCUGCAUUAAGAGCUGAGUUUGAGG